AUGGCCAGUCAUUCGGUGUUUAGACGUCUGUGGAACGGUAACAUGGAGCGUUGGUGCAAUAAAGUGGCCGUGGUGAGCGGAGCGAGUGCCGGAAUUGGUGCAGCAUGCACCCGUGCCUUGAUCGGAGCAGGAAUGAUAGUGGUGGGUCUGGCCAGGCGGCAUGAGCGAGUUGAGAAGCUUCGCAGUGGUCUGAGUCUCGAACAGCAGUCUCGGCUUCACGCAAUCAAGUGCGACAUUACGCAGGAGGAUCAGGUUUUGAAGGCCUUCGACUGGACCUGCCGGCAAUUGGGUGGAGUGGACGUGUUGGUGAGCAAUGCUGGGAUCAUUGGUACCGGAGAACUCAGCGAGCGGGAUGAUGGUCCUGCUAUGCGAUCCACCAUAGAAACAAACAUCAUGGGCACCGUUUACUGUGUCCGCGAGUCCUUCCGUUCGAUGAAAAGGCGAGGAACCGAGGGCCACGUGGUCAUCGUGAACAGCGUGGCGGGCUACCAGGUACCCAACCUGGGACCCCAGCUUCCCUCGCUAAACAUUUAUCCGGCCACCAAGUUUGCCCUUCGCGCCAUGAACGAGAUCUACCGCCAGGAGUUCCAGAGGCACAAAACUGCCGUGAGGGUUUCGACAGUCAGUCCCGGCAUAGUUGAUACGGUCAUCUUGCCGGAGCAGAUACAGGGUAUUAUCAAACAACAUAUGCCCAUGCUGCGAAGUGAUGACGUCGCUGAUGCCGUUCUCUGGGCAAUUGGCACUCCACCCAAUGUUCAGGUCCAUAAUAUAACUAUCAAGCCGCAAGGUGAAAAGUUUUAAUCACUGUUACGAUAAACUGUCAACUGCAGUCGACAAUUUGAAUGGAUACUUUAGUUUUAUUUGUACUGCAACACUAGUAUAGUAUAAUUUGAUCACAAUGUUUUGUGUUUCAUUUAUUUAUUUUUAAGAAAUCCCUUUCUUGGUUCUUAGCCUUUAAUCUAAGGCCUAUUAAAUUGCAGCACAUUGCCCAGUGUCGGCGAAUUCGAUUCCCAAACACCGGAUCAUACCCCAAAUCAACCACCCUUUUCCACCGACACUUUUUUGUACUCUCUCGGAAGGACUUUCAGAGUGGAUUUAAGAGAGUUUCGCCAUGGGUUCUUUUCCAUAUCGUUCCAAAGUAGCUCCAAGCUGCUCCCCAAUGCAUCCAGGCGAUUCAGUUGUGUGGAGCCAGUCGCUCUGUAAACACCGUCCUUUGUUCACUGUGUCCUCUUCUUUCGCUUUCUCAGAUUUUGCAUCUUUCGCCAUCUGUUGUCGCGUGCAUCUGUUGAUUGUGUUUUUACACCCCUAAAGGACCAUUUAAGUCUGUUGAUAUGGGCAAACUGCACAGUUUCACUUAUAAGUUUGAUUUUUAAAGAGUUUUCCAGAAACACGCUGAGAAAAUUUUUAAAUAUGUGCUCCUCUUAUAGUUUUGAAUCCAUAUUAUUUUCUAGAACUAAGUUGUACUACUGUCAUAAUAUGAAAGUAAUUAAAAAGGUUUUUAUGUAUGUCAACAAAUACUUUUAAAACCCUUUAUACAAUAAAAUAAUGUCACUGUAUCUCAACCACUCUUUAAUACACUGUAGUUGUGCGCUGAAUCGCCACGAUAUCGUUAAGAAACUCAAUUUAAAUGCACAUAUUACAUUUAGCCCAAGCUGACCAAACGGCUCAACUGUGGUCCUCGUCACCUCAUUCGAUUUGGAUGGAGGAAUCUCCUUCUGUAUUCAUGAAAGCUGAAAAGUUUUUCGGUUAUUUAUUUAAUGGGUGCUGAAUUCCGCGAAGUCCAUUGAGGGUGCUCAUGGUUCUGCUUUCCAUAAAGGGUGUAGGUCCGUGUGCAUAUAUUUAAAUUACCGCGCUUGUAUUUAUGCGAUUUUUGUUUUU